AAAGCGUGAUCUUUUCGGCAGAAACAUGCAACUUGAUCUGUACCGGUACUUACAUGUGUCAAUUUGUUGGACCAAAGAUAUUUGGGUUGAGCUUUAUAAAGAGGGAAAAAAACUUAAUUUCGCGUUUCUAGAGCCUCUCAAGAGUCCUCUAAGCUAUUAAUUUUACACUCUCUUCCGACCCACCUCUCAGGUUAUGUAGCGAAUGUGUAAAAUAGUAAAAUCUGGAAGGAAAAAAAAUUGUUUGCUAUCUACACUAUAAUCUGAGUAUGCAUUUUAACCCACUGUGAUACCCUAAUUUUGUCCUAUCCCCAUUUUUAUCAUAUUUUAUUUUCAUUAUUUUAUUAUUAUUUCAAAAAUUCAAAAAUAUUAUUUUUAUAUUCAUUUUUGUUACUUCACCUUCAAGAAACCACAUUUCACCAUCAAAAUUCCACUUAUACCCCAAAUAAGGUUCACUCACCAAAAUACCAAUUUGAUCAAAGUCAAUACUCCCAAAAAAUAGGAACGAGUGACCAAAAAAUGUACCAAAAACACAAAAAAAAAUGGAAUAUACCAAAACAAUUCCAUUGCAUAUCUUCAUUUUCAUCUAGAAUACUCUAAAAGAUGGCCAACUCAUCAAAAUUUCGUGAUCUCCUCUAAUCAUUGGACAAGGAUCAUGAUUGGAACAAAUAAAACCACCACUAUAACACCAAAAAUUCCCAAAAAUGUCAUUCAUGAGAAAAUUCCUUUUUCACCCUUUUUAACCUAAUUCCUUCAGCCUAGAAUGUUCCUAUUAUCUCUAUAUAAGCAGCAGUGAAGAGAGGAAUAGAGGUUGGAUUUUCGGAAGAGUUAGAACCACAAAAAAUCUCAUCUUUUUCACCAUUUUUUCCAUUUUUAGAAAUCACACAAAACAUGAUUCAAACUUCAAUUUUAUUUUACAAAACUCUUCUAAUACAUCCCAGUAGUGAAACCCACAAGACGAUGACGUGUCAGCGGAUCAUUGGCUCUCUCCAAUUUUAAGACACAAUCGUUAGAUCUGGUGUGAGGCCGAGAUCUGUUAGUGGAUUUUUAAAUCCGAGCCAUUUGAUCAAAUCAAAAGGCCCAGAUCCGGGAAGCCUACCAUACACCUGUAUCCUAAUGAUGUAUGUGAUUUUUUUUUGUUCUACUCAUUUUUUUGUUUGGACGAAAAUCAGUCUGGGCUGGGUUUUGGUGUUGCAGAUUGCUAUUGCGUCACCUCCAUAACCCAGUUUACACCCCAGUGGCGGUUUAUUUAUUUUCCAGUGCUUAGUCAUAUAAGUGCUUAUUCAAAUAAGAGCUUAUCCACAUAGGUGCUUAUUUAAAUAAGCGCUUAUCAUUUGAAAAUGAUUAUUUGAGUUAUUGAUUAAUUAGUCGAUUAAUUAAAUACUUGAUUAAGUGAGUAACCAUUUAAGUUGUUUGAUAAAAGUGCUCAAAUCACAAAGUGCUUAAAUGGUUAAACAAUUGAUUAAGUGAUUGUUAGUUAGGUGAUUAAUUAAUCAAAAUUUCUCAAGCUUAUUUUAAUAAGUUCAUAUGUAACGUUUGGAUUACUUACUUGAUUUAAUACUUUCAUUGUGAGUUUGUUUCUCAAAAGCACUUCUUUACUUGAAAAACCCCGUAAUUAAAAUAAAUGGAAUGAAAAAGGGUUAGUAUGACGUAUAGCCGUCUUCCCCGAAUAAUUCGAGGCCCUGACGUAUGGCUCGUGACUCGAAUUAUUCUCAUUCUUAUUCUUUUCUCUAAACAAUCAUGAUGAAGCAAAAUUGACCGGUUGACAAAAGCUUUCGUCCAUGCAUAUAUUCAUUGUAUAUUAUAUCUGCUUGGUUUGUUUCUUGGUUAUCUUGAUUAAUCGUAUCAAAUUAAAUCUUAAUUGGAAUGAAAAAGGGUUAGUCUGACGUAUGACUUUCUUCCCCGAAUGAUUCAAGGCCCUGACGUAUGGCUCGUGACUCGAAUCAUUCUCAUUCUCGGACGCUAAAAAACGUUAAAACACUUCAUCAUCUGCUUCAUCUUCUCUUUUGACUUUCAUAAAUCAAAUAAAAGAAUUUAAGCAUAAUCAGAAUGAAAAAUGGUUAGUCUGACGUAUGGCUUUCUUCCCCGGAUAGUACGAGGCCCUGACGUAUGGCUCGUGACUUUGAUUAUCCUCAUUCUCGGACGUUUUCAUAAAAACUCCUAAAAUCAACUCGACACACUCAAACCUUUUUCACUGCCCUCGCGCGCAGUAAAAGUAAAACCUUUUUCACAAAAUGGAUGACGUUUUCGUCCUUUCUCCGUAACACAAACAACGCUUAAGCCUCCACCGUGCGAGCAUACAAGCAGCGUUUAAAUACGAGAAUGCGACAUUCUUUGUAAUACAAACCACGCUUAAGCCUCCAAAGUGUGAGCAUACAAGCAACGUUUAAAUAUGAGAAUGCGACUUAGACGUCAUACGUCUAAAAACAACCAACCCACAAACAUUUUUUACCCUGAACUACGAAACCCUGAUUUUCCCAUUGCACCUGGGAAUACGUAGGAGCAAGAUUCAACAUCUUGUCGGGCAUAAUAAUAAAAAACAAAACCUUUUUCCCCAUAUCUAUAAUCCCAAUAAUAAUAAUAAAUAAAAAACUUUUUCUAUCGAUGAAGCAAGAAACGAAUAAUUAAGCAAACAUUAAAAAACACAUUAAGGCAAACAAACAAUUCCCCUCGCAUAACCAACUCCCGAAUCCAUUUCUCACCCCUCAAGGUUUUCUCGAUAUUUUCCUUUCCCUUCCUUGGGAGAAAUAAAAUUCGGUGGCGACUCUGUUAUUUUUCGAGUGUUCACACUUGAGGAUAUUUUUCGCGUCGCGACACCUGCGAACUUGUAGGCAGUAGAAAAAAAUUCAUGACUGAAAGUAGCUAAGUGUCGAUGACUCAAAAUAGAAGUUUGACCUUUUAGGUGCAACCUGCAGUAUCCAAAGGAGUUUUGUUCUUCUCCAUUAAGAGGACAAACAUUGACAAGAGGAGCCCAUAAAAUAAGAUUCUAUUUACGGUUCUCAUUGUUAAUUAGAUUUGAUGUAAUUUUCAUGUCUAAUGUUUUGAGAAAGUUUGUUGUAAUAAACUUGUUUUUGAUGCAAUUUUGUUGUCCAAACUUUUAAUAAAAAUCUCUAUAUUUAAUUUGUCUUUCCAUUUUCUGCUUAUGCAAAACUUGUAACGGAAAGAUUCACUAAUUAACCCGUGAAACCCUACACUGUGCGUUAGUUACAUAAUGAACCAUCUUGUAAAUUUAAGAGAUUAAACAUGGACUUUUAAAUUACAACAACAUUGUACAUUGAAUUUAAGAUAAGAAACGAUAACAUAAAUGAAAAACAGUAAAUUAAUCACAAACGAGACUAUGGAUUAGAUAUCCACUCUUUUAAGUCUGAAUUUAAAAAAAAUAAAAAAAUAAUCUACUUUACAUUCAAAAUUGAAGUUCAAAUUGAUACCUUAUAUCUAUCUAAAUAUAAUUUUUAUUUUCAACUUUAUUAUUCCACUUUUUUAUUUUUACAUUGAGUAAAUCUAAUUCAACUCAUUUUUAACUAAUAUCAAUUUACAUACAUAAAACACACGUUUGGAAUCAAAUGAUUUGGGAUUGUUCCAUCUUAGUGCAAAAUAAAGUGGAUUCUCUCAUUUGAAUUGUCCAAUCUCAAGAUGCUCUAAAUAAUAACCAUAAAAAUUGUUAAUCAAAAUCACAUUAAUCUCUUAAUUUCCCUUUAAAUAAGUGUUUCUUCACUCACAUUGCACACAACACAAGCACUACCAAACCAUCUAAUUCAUCAUAUAACACCAUAAAAAAAAUGUCUCUCUUUCCCACAAGCAUCUUUGGUCGAAGAAGAUCAGAAGCACAACAAAAUCAUGAUCACCAAACAUGGCACAACCCAUCAUACCAACAAAAACAUGGUUAUGAAAUUUCUCAAAUCAACACACCCCAUUUAACAACAACACCUUUCUACAACGAACCAUCACCAAUUCUUAACACUCACAUAGAGUGGAAAGAAACUCAUGAAGCUCAUGUUUACAAAGCACAUCUUCCGGGACUCAAGCGAAACGAUGUUCGAGUUGAAGUUGAUGAUGAUAGAGUACUAUGUAUCAUUUGUGAGAAGAGUGCUCAGAAGGAAGAAAAGAGAGGUGGAUGGCACCGUGUUGAAGUCUCUAGUGGUCAUUUUGUUCAUCGUGUUACUUUGCCUGAGAAUUCUAAGGUUGAUCAUGUUAAGGCUUAUAUGGAUAAUGGUGUGCUCACUAUUCAUGUUCCUAAGCAUAGAAUUGGGAACAAUCGUGUUAGGAAUGUUCAAAUUUCUCAUGCGUGAUUUGGAAAUGAGUUGUCUCUAUUUAAUAGAUAUAUAUACAUCUAUUAGAGAUAUAGUUUAAGUUUAUGAAAUGAAAUAAUAUUAUUUAUAUUAUUUUAUUUCAUGAGUUUAUAUAUUUCUCUUUAAAUAAAAGUGUUUAAUUUGAUAGAUAAAAUCUCGACACAUAUUAUCUGAAUGUAAUUAAAGUCUAGAUAAACACAUAUGUAGAAGAGACACAAUUAAAUAAAGAACGACUAAGGGUCCGUUUGACCUGGCUUUUUUA